UUUUAAAUUUUACACCUCAUUUUCUAACAAUUCAAAAUAUUAAAUUAAAAAUUAAAAUAAUGAACUUUGCCCACAUAGACACAAAUCGUCGGUCUCCUCCGCUACAGCAAUUCCGCCACCGCCACUCCAUAUUGCCUCCUUUUGACCACGCAGCUGCUACGGUGCUUCCCGGUGUGUCAAUUCAGACGAGGGAUAAUUAUUUGAUUCCUCCUCCAACAGGAGUCAGAGCCUCGACCAUUCUAAUUCCACUAGAACGACGACGACGUCAGUGGUGUGGUGGCGGAGAUGACGGUGGUCCAGCUCCUUGUCAUCCCAUGGCUCAAAUGAUUGCCACCAGAUUUCCAUUCAUCUCCUCCUUGUCCUUCAGCACAGCUGGAGGAUUGGCACUAGAAGCAGAACCAAAUGACACCGUGUUAGAAGCAGGCCAAAUGAUAAAAGAGAUCCCCGCCUUGCGGUAAGGGUAGUUGCUCCAUUGCAUUCCUUCCCCUGCGUCGUCACCGGUUGUUACCGCAACCGGAUUUGGGUCUUCCACAGAGAUUUGAGCCUUGGCGAGCAGCAGCAGUCGGGCUUCGUAAUCCUCGUCGGCCGUGGUGGCUGGAGCUUGAGAAACAGGGAAUGGAGAUGGGUGGCCGCCCCAAUCACCAAAUUACACGUUUUGAAUUAUUUCAAUACAAAACUCUUUAUGGAAUGAAAUCCCUAUGUCAGCGCCAAUUCCGAUCCUCGACAAGUAAAUUUCAGGUUAUCGACACCCGCUCGUUCAAUCAUCUGUCUAAGCCACGAUUUACCCUUCCAUCUGUAGACUGUCGUCGUUCCUUGCGGCGCCUCUGCCUCCGCUGCCAUCGUUCGUCAUUCUUUGUGGUGCUCCACCGACCAAGUUCCUCCGCGGCGUGAACCCUUUCUUAUCGAUUCACCCCGGCGGCCGGCGGGGCAUACGCUUACACACGAGAAUCCAACAUCUCCAGGGAAAUGUUUGAAACGAUGGAGUUGGAUUCGGCGUCGAGACUCCGACACUCUAUCUUCCCACGCAUAAAAUUAUCUAUAUAUAACCGGCGCCGGUAGGAAGAUAUAUAUAUUGUCCGGCUAGUACUAUUUCUCGAUGCCCAAUAUAAAGAGUUUUAAUUAUUAUUUUAAAUUUCGGGAGAUACACGUGGCAUUCUUUAAAUAUUAUUUUAUUAUUUUGUAUUUUCCAUGUCACACAUUUAACGGUCAACUCUUAGAGUUGACCGCCACAUAAGCAAAAGUUAACGGAGUUGGACGGAGAGUGACCAAACUUGAACUGUUUAACUAAUUUUAGUGAGCACGAAUGAAAUUAAAUAUUUUUAGUGACCAAACGUGAACGUUUUUAAUAAUCAUAGUGACGAACCUUGCAAUUUACCCAGGUUUCUAGAGUGUCUGCCACAAUUAUUUAUCAUUGUCAGGAAGACACGUAAUGUGGGCGAAGGGUUCUUCGUGGAUCGCAAAAGAGCUUUCUCAUUAGUAGGGAAUAGGGAUGGCAAAAAUAUGUGUAACUGUGGAUAUCCGCUCGAAUUCGACCUAAUCGGAUUGGGGUAAAACCCAAACUCGAAGGACAUUUAGUGGCCACGGGUAAAACCCGAACCCGAAUAUUGCGAUAAUGGGUGGGCAUGGUUUUCUCACUAUCCAACCGGAACCCGCUCGAUUAUACAUAUGCAUAUGUAUUUUGUCUAGAAAUAAUCAUUAUUUUUCUCUAGCAUAUUUUAUAUUAGCAUAAAAAUGUAACAUUUUCAUGAAAUUGUGUUGUUGUAAUUAAUUUUCUUCAGUCUAGUGAUUUAUUGUCGUACUUUUCCUCUUAUAUAAUGUGAGUAUACGUGUGAAUAUUAACAUAUUGGUUGGAGUUAUGAUUACACAUGGGUAAUUGUGGAUACCCGAAACCCUGGUUUGAGUUAUUAUUACACAUGGGUAACUGUGGAUACCCGAAACCCGAAUGGGUAUGGGAAUGGUUUUGAUUUUCUGUACAUUUCUUAUAUCGAUAUGAACGAUAUGGGUAAAAGUAAAACCUGAACUACUUUAGGUAGGUUAACAUAUAUGCACUAUCUGCCACGCCCCGACCCAUUUCCAUCCCUACUCAUUAGGUCCUCGAUCUAUUCUCGACCCAUUUCCAUCCCUGGUCCUCGAUUCCUAUGGGAAUGGCUGGACGAAGUGAGUGAAUGAACGAUUUGAAUAUUG